AUUUCUCUACCAAUAUAAAUUUUAGACAUCAAAUCUACGCAGUACUAGGCUCUUGAUCUGCACAGAUUUUUCUGAAGCAGAGGGAAGAAAAGGGGUAUUGCCUGUAGAGACUCACCCAGGUCCCAACUGUUGCCCAGCUUGAUUUUACAGGUUAAGAGCUGCUGACUAACUGCUUUGGGAGUCCAGAGCAGUUCCAACUUUUGGACUGAGAGCUUCAGAAUGGACAUUGCCAACCUGGAAAUGUUACAGAGUCACAUCUCUGAAAAUAGCACGUGGAGGGAGGGGCUUGAUCUCAUACUCAGUAUCCCAAUGUUGGCACAGCUUAGUACACGUGUUCUGUGAAAAAUGUGAGCUCACCAGUCUCAGAGCAGAUCCUUUAAGAUCGUCAUACUCAAAGAGAAUAUUUUAUCUUCCAGAAUAAUCUGCAGCCUCUUUUCUUGUCUUUGGACCUGUGCAGAGACUGAAUGAGAAGACUGCCUCUCAGGCUAAGCUACCUGCCGAGAUGUUCUGUUUGCAGAAGCCAAAGAUGCUGCAACUGCUAGAGAAAUCCUUGAGGAACAGUCUCCCCGAGUCCUUAAAGGUUUAUGGAACUAUCUUCCACAUGAACCAGGGAAACCCGUUUAAUCUGAAGGCCCUGGUGGACACGUGGCCUGAUUUUAAUACAGUGGUUGUCCGGCCUCAGAAGCAGGAGAUGACAGAUGACUUUGAUCACUACACCAACACCUACCUAAUCUAUUCUAAAGAUCUCAAGAACUGCCAGGAAUGCCUUGACACAUCAGACGUCAUCAACUGGAAACAACAUUUGCAGAUCCAAAGUUCACAGUCCAGCCUGGAUGAGGUGAUACAAAGUCUUGCACCUGCUAAAUUCAUCAGGGUUAAGAGAGCACAGCGCAUUCUCUAUAUGAUGCCUCAGUCAGCAAAGAAACUGGUUCCUUUCCUGCCAGAGACAAAGAACUUACGUCCUGGAUCUGGCAGACCCAAAACAAUAAACCAAGAGAUGUUCAAACUUUCAUCUCUGGAGCUCACCCACGCGGCCUUGGUGAAUAAAUUCUGGAAUUUUGGUGGUAAUGAGAGGAGCCAGAGAUUUAUUGAACGCUGUAUCCAGACCUUCCCCACUGUCUGUCUGCUGGGGCCUGAAGGGACCCCUGUGUCCUGGGCCCUGAUGGAUCAUACUGGAGAGCUGCGGAUGGCAGGCACUGUGCCAGAGUACCGGGGCCAUGGUCUCAUAUCCUAUAUCACAUAUUCCUAUGUGCAGCUUCUGGAAAAUCUUGGCUACCCCAUAUAUAACCACACAGACAAUAAAUUCAUACAUAAAAUGAGUCACACCCUGCAUCAUAUCCUCAUGCCCUGUGCCUGGAACCAGUGGAAUUGUGUGCCUCUGUGACCCCAGCCCUGAAUAUAGGACUGUGUUGGGUGAGCUGUGCAAGUGGCUGAAGGUGUGGAUGGUACACCUUAUACGGUCAGAUCUUCCUGACGUGUGGCUCCUGGCUAUGCUCAACUUCCCACACACCUAGAUCUCAGUGACACUUUUUCUUCAGUGACACGAUGCCCUUGCUUUUUUCUUAAAACACCAGUCUCAUAUAUUAAUUAUUGCCCAGGGGAAAAUUUUGCCAGUUUUUUCAAGAUGUGGUGUCAUUUUGUAGGUGGGAUGACUUUCCCCUCUUUUUUUUCCUAUGACAUCUUCAUUUAGUAGCCAAAGUGUGCCUUAUCUCUUCUGUUGCUAAUUCGCAGUGAUUCUUCCAUGGGUAAGUUUUGAUUUCUACUGAAUAAGCAUAUUAACAUAUUGCCUAUAAAUACAUGAAUUGAGUAGAGGUGCCAGCUAUUAAGGGAAAGAUGAACUGAUGAUAGCCUUUUUCUCACUGCCACCCCAAGAUAGUGAGACAGCAUUAUCUUCCCGAAGACAGGUUGAUUUCCACCCCCAUAGAAAUCCCAUCAAAAUGAAAUUUUAUGUCUGAUUGUGGAAGCUACUCCAUCAGUUAGAGAGUGCAGAGGGGGACAAUGGGAACAGAUAGAAAGAUAAACCAAUAGUGACUAAUACUCAACUAUACAAAAUCAGCACACAUACACAGCCUGUACUCUGUGUCACUGAUGGGUUUUCUAAGUGAUAUCAUACUUCUACAUAUUUUGGGGGGUAUGUGAUGGUGUGAUACAUACCUACAGGUGUAAUGAUCAAAUCAGGGUGAUUAGAGUAUAAUUUCAAACAUUUAUCUUUUCUUUGUGUUGGGAAUAUUAUAAUUUUUCUCUCCUAGCAAUUUCAAAAUAUACAGUAAAUUAUUGUUGACUAUAAUACUGAUGCCUCUUUUCUUUGUAAAAAUGUAUUUUCUUGAGGAAAAUGCCAGGGACUAGAGGUGGCAACAUCAAAAUGAGAUGAGAUUGUCCUGCUUAUUAAUGUGAAGUUGUUAUGCCCUUUGUCAGUGCUGGCAGCACCACAGACUUAUCCAAUUCUCAAUGAUUUCCUUAUUUCCACAUGUUAAUUAUUGUGGUCAGUGAGGGAGGAAAGACACUAUGUCACUAGUGUAAGAGACCUCAUGACAUACAGAGAGAGGAAAAGACACUUCAUGAUACGAGGUAGGAAGAUGAGAUUUCAUGACAUUAAUAAAACUAAGAAACUGUCUCCUACUUCCCCUAACAGUAAGGAAAAGAUGAACUUUGUAUUCAUAAAUUAUUUAACUUUAAAAAGUCUAUUAAAAUAAUGUUGAUAAGGCCAAGCACGGAGGCUCAUGCCUGUAAUCCUAGUAAUUGGGAGGCUGAAAUGG